AGUUUGUUAAUGUUAACGAGAGCGGGUUAAUGCUCUUUAAAGACUUAUAUGACAAGCUUUAUGACUACCAGAGAAACGGAGUGGCCUUCCUCUACAGUCUCUUCAGAGACGGUCGUAAAGGUGGCAUCCUGGCGGAUGACAUGGGCCUCGGUAAAACCAUCCAGGUCAUAUCUUUUCUCUCCGGUAUGUAUGACAACGAGCUGGUCAAACACAUACUGCUCGUCAUGCCAACGUCACUCAUCACAAACUGGACCAAGGAGUUUGCCAAGUGGACUCCCGGCAUGAGGGUGAAGGAGUUUCAUGGUGCCAGCAAAGGAGAAAGGACCAGGAAUUUGGAGAAAGUUCAGAGGAGAGGGGGCGUCAUUGUCACUACUUACACUAUGCUCAUGAGCAACUGGCAGCAGUUAUCAUCAUACAAUGGCAAAGAGUUCACAUGGGACUAUAUGAUCCUGGAUGAGGCACACAAGAUAAAAAACUCAACCACCAAAACAGCCAAAAGUGCCUACGCCAUACCUUCAAAAAACAGAGUUCUUCUCACAGGGACUCCAGUCCAGAACAACCUGAGAGAAAUGUGGGCUCUCUUUGACUUUGCUUGUCAGGGCACUCUCCUCGGCACGGCUAAAACCUUCAAAUCCGAGUACGAGAACCCCAUCACCCGCGCCAGGGAGAGGGACUCCACUCCGGGGGAAAAGGCUCUCGGGGCCAGGAUGUCUGAGAACCUCAUGGCCAUAAUAAAACCCUACUUCCUCCGCAGGACAAAAGCAGAAGUGCAGAAAAACAAAAUGGACGGCACAAAUCAAUGCAAAGAGGAAUAUCCAGACAGGGACAGCCAAGUACCAAAUCCUCAGAAAGACUCUGGAGCAGUCAUGCCCACGCUGACGAGAAAGAAUGACCUGAUCGUCUGGACUUACCUGAGCGCUGUUCAGGAAGACAUAUACCGGCAGUUCAUCUCACUGGACCACAUCAAGGAGCUGCUCAUGACCAGCAGAUCCCCUUUGGCUGAGUUGAAUAUUCUGAAAAAGCUGUGUGACCACCCGAGGCUACUCUCUGCCAGAGCCAUAGCCAGUCUAGGUUUAGAGGAAAGCACACCUGAAAGCCAGCAAGAUGACGACAUGGCGACAGACAGUCACAGCAUCAACAACAUUCCUGACGACACCUUGAUAUCCGAGUCUGGAAAAAUGGUCUUUCUGUUCGCCCUUCUUGAACGGCUCAGACAGGAAGGCCAUCGCACACUCGUCUUCGCUCAUUACAGGAAGGUGCUCGACAUCAUCGAACGCAUCCUGAACAACAGAGGCUUCAAAGUGAUGAGACUGGACGGCACAAUAACGCAGAUUGCAGAGAGAGAGAGACUGAUCACUCUCUUCCAGACAGACCAGCGUUACUCCGUCUUCCUCCUGACCACCCAGGUUGGCGGAGUUGGCCUCACUUUGACGGCAGCAAGCAGAGUAGUGAUCUACGAUCCCAGCUGGAACCCGGCAACAGACGCCCAGGCCGUCGACAGGGCGUACCGCAUCGGCCAGACUGAAAACGUCGUCAUCUACAGGCUGAUCACCUGCGGCACGGUGGAGGAGAAGAUCUACAGACGGCAGGUUUUCAAAGACUCCCUGAUCAGGCAGAAUACCGGAGACAAAAAGAACCCGUUCCGGUACUUCAGCAAACAGGAGCUGAAGGAGCUCUUCACACUGGAGGACACUCGGUCCUCGUCCACGCAGCUGCAGCUUCAGUCCCUGCACUCCCGACACCGCCGGACAGACGCUGAAUUGGACGAACACAUUGCCCACCUCCAUGCCAUGGAGAUGUUUGGGAUUUCCGAUCACGACCUCAUGUUUUCCCUCGACGUCAACCAUGACGAGGCCCCAGAGGACCAGGAGGCUCAUCACUACAUCGAAGGACGAGUCCAGAAGGCCCAGGAGCUGAUGAAGGCUGAGUCGGAGUUGCAGAUGCAGCUGGCAGAAAGCAUGGCGUCGAGCACAGAACCAGCCUGGCUCAGGCAACCAGUGGACAACAACAGAGAGAAGAAACAAAGAAGUCCAAGACCCAGUCCUGCAUCUCCUCAGCAUGACAGCAACUUCAACAGGUCACCAGUUGUGGUGGAUUUGGACCAGUCCGGUUCUAGCAAAGAGGGCGGCCAACAGAACCUGAGCAACCGGGUGAUUGAUCUAAGUGCUGAUCAGAGUAUGACAGAAGAACCGACUGCUGAAGCAGCAAGUGAAGAGAAGCCGGAUUCCCCGAAACUCCAGUCUGUGGAUCAGGAUAUGAGUUACCUGGAAGCAGCAGACGUGUCUCCUCAGGAGGUGGUGGAGGAGUCUCUGGUGAUGUCUGAGGCUGCUGAUGAUGCAGCAGGUGAUGCAGACACUUCAUCCAGAGUCGGCGCAGGGCUGGAGUCCUUUGAGGGCAACUUUAAUUUGCAGCUGGAGGACAGUGACGUGAUGGUUGAUCAGGAGACAGAAGCGGAGGAGAGGAAGCUGCUUUCACAGCUGCAGAUGGAGGGAAGUUUUAAUGUUGAUGAAUCUCUUUCAGCUACCCAACAUACAGAAGCACUCAGACAAACCCUCAACAUCUCCUGCUCCUCUAAAAUGGACGAGUCAGUAGAUGAUUCCAUUGUGGUUAGCAAGAAGAAAAAAGCAGCAGUAAUUUAUGACAGUGAAGAAGAGGAGAGUGAUGAUGAUGAUGAGAAUCAACUCCGGAACUCUUUCCAGGUGCUCGGGGCCUCCACACCGAAAUCAGCACCAUCUGCUUCAACCCCCCUCCGGUCAAGAAAGAGUGUCGGAGGAAACACCUCUGUGGCCUCACGGCGGUCUCUCCUCCACUCCAUCAUAGAAGACAUGGACAAGAAGGACGUGGUUGAUGAUGAUGAUGAUGAUGAUGAUGAUGAGGAGGAGGAUGACAUUUUAGAGAGUGAGGCUGAAGAAGAUGAUGAAGGAGAGGAUGAAGCUUGUGAUGGGCUUCAGUUGGAGGAGACUCCUGCAGAGUUCUUCUCUGUUGAAUCAGCAGAUACUGUUGAUGAGUCGAAGCAGGACAGCAGCGACCUGGAGGAACCAACCAGCGAGUGUGAGCUCGCGUCCUCAGAGAGAGUGGACCAGUGGACCGUCGGUCCAGGACUGGUGUCAAACGGGACCAAAGACUUUGUUCAAAACGAAUCUCCUCCCAAAUCUGAGGACGCAAGCUACGACUCGCUGGUCAGCAGAGGGAGGAAGUGUUACAGCAAAGGGAAGCUGGACGACGCUCUGGGCUUCUUCCUGAGAGCCAUCGACAUCAAACCCGGAGAUCCUGAAAUUCAGUUCAUGACCAUCCAGCUGUACCGACAGCUGAGUCUGAGAAAAUAACUGUUCAGACAAUCCUGAGACAGAAAAUAGUCUUUGACCGUACCUGAAGAGAACACCUGUCAGAACAUCUUCCCCUCACUGCUUCCUACUGAACAUUAACAUUCAUAACUUUAUACACGACGUCUACCCAGGAAGUAGUGCUUUUACGGUUUGAGUUCAGCUGUGUGGUUCAUGGACAACAAUGAGGAAGAAAAUCUAUAUUUGUUAGUAGAUCAAUUCAUUGUAAGUUUGAGUGUGAACAUGGGAUCUUUGUAUAAGAAGAAGAAUACUUAUAAUACAGAUUAAUACUUUAACUUUGAUACAGAACAACACAGCAGUCUUAUACAACCUGAGAGUUAACUGGAUCUGAUUGGACAGGUUCACUUUGAAGUUACCUGAUAUUUUGCACAAGAUGGAUUUCAGAAAGGUUAACGGUGGCACAAUAUUUGCAAAAAAAAGAAAAGAAAAAGUUGAAAUAAAGACCAACUGUUUCAUA